GAGCUCUCCAACUUCAUGCGGUGUCGUCACCGCUCCGUCAGCCGUAAGGUACCCAACGGCCCCAAGGGCAGCAGGGAGCGCACUGCCCUCGGCGCGCCACGACUCCGCCCGCCGUCACGUCGCGCCUGCGCGCUACCCGCCCGGGGCGGGUUGUGCAAGAUGGCGUCGGAGCCGCGUCGUACGGCGGCUGAGAAGUACCGGCCCAACCGCUACGUUUCGUUGCCGGCCGAGCUCGACCCUGCCACUUAUGACUCGUCACUGUAGAAGCACCGUGCCGAGGCGGAGGGUCUUGCUGUGCUUCUGGGCCGUGUUUUGGGGCUCACAGUUUUCUCGCUAUCUCAGGAAGAUCCUGCCUUGCUCCGCUGGGACUAUGCCAGGACGCACAACGUGUACCCCACUUUCCGCCCGACGCCCAAGACGUCCUUCCUAGGAGCUGUAUUUGCGAUAGGCCCUAUCCUUUUCUGGAUAGCUGUCUUUAAAACUGAGAGGGAUUAUAAAGAGAAGCUUAUCCGAGAAGGUAAAUACAAGCGACCAUUCAGUGUUUUUUAAGUUGCUGGAACCACAGUGCUGCUCUUGAGACAGAAGUAAAUAAGAUGUACUGCAUGCUGAUGUUUCUCCUUCAGAAGAAUAAAUCUUAAUUACUCCUCAGUCGUCUUUCAUCUUUAAUAAUUACGGAAAGUGCAACUGUGCAGAAUCUUUAUAUCUACUGCAAAUAGAUACAGAGGGCAUGUCCUGAGCUUACCAGUUAACUCUUUUGUUACAGAGAUUUCUUUUAAAAUGUGGAAGUUGCUGCAGUUCAGGCUCAAGUUUAAAAUUAAUAGCAGGUUAAAAUAUUAAGCAAUCCCUAUACAGUUUCCUAAAAAUCAACUGCUCAUUUACUAGGUACUUCUGUUGUUGGUUUGACUAUGUAGUUUGCCCAAAUCAGGUAAUAGACAACUCCUUUUCUAUAUUCUAGUUAACUAUUUAGGAGCCUGCCUGCCUGUUGUCAAUAAGUUGAUUUUUCCUUUUCUGAAAAAAUAAAAUCCUACACCCUAUAUUUGAAAUACAAUUACUGUACCAGUGUUGGAAAUAGUGAGCUGGACAUUGUCACUCUUUAUGUGACUAAGCAUUUCCACAAAUUUUGUGAUUCCUGUAUGCAGAGGAUCAAGAACUAAAAAGAUGAGGUGCUUCUUUUUGGCACUGGUUUCUUUGCAGUAUAAGAGAAUUCAAUUUCUCCCCUGGAAACAAGCUAUGAUAUUUAUAAUAAACAUUUAAAAAGCA